AGCGCCGAGGAGCCGGUGCAGAGCGGGCGGCGGCGGCAGCGGAGGCGGCGGCUCCAGCCGGCGCGGCGCGAGGCUCGGCGGUGGGAUCCGGCGGGCGGUGCUAGCUCCGCGCUCCCUGCCUCGCUCGCUGCCGGGGGCGGUCGGAAGGCGCGGCGCGAAGCCCGGGUGGCCCGAGGGCGCGACUCUAGCCUUGUCACCUCAUCUUGCCCCCUUGGUUUUGGAAGUCCUGAAGAGUUGGUCUGGAGGAGGAGGAGGACAUUGAUGUGCUUGGUGUGUGGCCAGUGGUGAAGAGAUGGCUGCUCCUGUCCCGUGGGCCUGCUGUGCUGUGCUUGCUGCCACCGCCGCAGUUGUCUACGCCCAGAGACACAGUCCACAGGACGCACCCCAUGUGCAGUACGAGCGCCUGGGCUCUGAUGUGACACUGCCAUGUGGGACAGCAAACUGGGAUGCCGCGGUGACGUGGCGGGUAAAUGGGACAGACCUGGCCCCUGACCUGCUGAAUGGCUCUCAGCUAGUGCUCCGUGGCCUGGAACUGGGCCACAGUGGCCUCUACGCCUGCUUCCACCGUGACUCCUGGCACCUGCGCCACCAAGUCCUGCUGCAUGUGGGCUUGCCGCCGCGGGAGCCUGUGCUCAGCUGCCGCUCCAACACUUAUCCCAAGGGCUUCUACUGCAGCUGGCAUCUGCCCACCCCCACCUACAUUCCCAACACCUUCAAUGUGACUGUGCUGCAUGGCUCCAAAAUUAUGGUCUGUGAGAAGGACCCAGCCCUCAAGAACCGCUGCCACAUUCGCUACAUGCACCUGUUCUCCACCAUCAAGUACAAGGUCUCCAUAAGUGUCAGCAAUGCCCUGGGCCACAAUGCCACAGCUAUCACCUUUGACGAGUUCACCAUUGUGAAGCCUGAUCCUCCAGAAAAUGUGGUAGCCCGGCCAGUGCCCAGCAAUCCUCGCCGGCUGGAGGUGACGUGGCAGACCCCCUCGACCUGGCCUGACCCUGAGUCUUUUCCUCUCAAGUUCUUUCUGCGCUACCGACCCCUCAUCCUGGACCAGUGGCAGCAUGUGGAGCUGUCCGACGGCACAGCACACACCAUCACAGAUGCCUACGCCGGGAAGGAGUACAUUAUCCAGGUGGCAGCCAAGGACAAUGAGAUCGGGACAUGGAGUGACUGGAGCGUGGCCGCCCACGCUACGCCCUGGACUGAGGAACCGCGACACCUCACCACGGAGGCCCAGGCUGCGGAGACCACGACCAGCACCACCAGCUCCCUGGCACCCCCACCUACCACGAAGAUCUGUGACCCUGGGGAGCUGGGCAGCGGUGGGGGACCCAAUGCACCCUUCUCAGUCAGCGUCCCCGUCACUCUGGCCCUGGCUGCCGCUGCCGCCACUGCCAGCAGUCUCUUGAUCUGAGCCCGACACCCCAUGAGGACAUGCAGAGCACCUGCAGAGGAGCAGGAGGCCGGAGCUGAGCCUGCAGACCCCGGUUUCUGUUUUGCACACGGGCAGGAGGACCUUUUGCAUUCUCUUCAGACACAAUUUGUGGAGACCCCGGCAGGCCCGGGCCUGCCGCCCCCCAGCCCUGCCGCACCAAGCUGGCCCUCCUUCCUCCCUCAGGGGAGGUGGGCCAUGCAGCUAACCCACCCACCAAAGACGCCCUCACCCUGGCCCCUUGGGCUGGACCCUCCAAUGCCAGCGACUCCCAGGAGCCCUUGGGGGACGUGAGGGGAGCCUCUCACAUCCGAUUUCUCCUCCUGCCCCAGCCUCCUGUCUAUCCCAGGGUCUCUGUUGCCACCAUCAGAUUAUAAGCUCCUGAUGCUGGGGGGGCCCAGCCAUCCCCCUCCCCCCAGCACCCACACUUUUCAGUCCCCUCCCCUCUGCCCUGUUUUGUACACCCCUCCCCUGGCCCUGCUCCUAUCCCACAGUAUUUAAUGCCCUGUCAGUCCCUUCUAGUCUGACUCAAUGGUAACUUGCUGUAUUUGAA